AUGAAAACACCACCAUUAACUAUUAAAUCAAUAAGAAAACUCAGAAAUGAAGAACAUAAGAUGGUUGAUUAUGAACAGAAUUCACCGUACGAAGUAGAGGUAGAAGAAGAAAUUGUAUAUGAAAAUGGAGUUUCUCAUUUAAUUUGGUUUUUUGCCAAUGCAGAUUACGAAAGUAUCAAACCUGCUAUGUGGAUUCCUGACGCACCUAUAAUAUAUUAUUUUCUUAGCAAUUUAGGAAAAAAGGUAGAAAUACCUUUAUUAAACAAAUGUUUUAUAAAUGAACGAACAACCUAUUCAAUUAAAGGUACUAAAAGCCUUUUACAAAUUAUCAACGAAGGAAAAUCUAAUCCAGACUUAGUAAAUAAAGCGCAAAAAAUUGCAAAUGAAUGA